UAAACUUCAUGAAAUAAUACCCAUCUUAAAAGGAACUUAAGAGAGGUAUUAUUUCUUAAACCUAUUGAAGUUGGACGAAUGGGGCGAAGGUUUCUGUAGGUUAUUAAUUAAAUGAUAUUCAUUCAAGUAUUAUUUCUCACUUUAUUAAAAUUUGAAGUCGGUUUUAGUGAUUUUUUUUAUGUACUUACUAUAUAAGGUAACACUAAAAAUAUUAAAUAUAGGUAUUUAUAGAAAAAAUAUGUCAUAAUAGUGAAAGUCUUAUGAAAGCAGAUUUUGUUUGCUUACUUGAGAUUUUUUUUCCAAGACAUUAAUAAAAUAAUAAAAUACGAAACGGGUAUUAACGCGAUAGACUGAUAGUUAGGUGACCCGGUCGAAACGUCGGGAAAUAUAGGUAGGUGAAUAAUCUAACUAUUAAUCUAUCGCGUUAAUACCCGUUUUAAACAAUCUUAUAUAAUGCAACGCAAAAGAUUAAAAGUUUAAAUAAAAUACUAAGAUUAUAAAGAGGAAGACUUUGAUUGCUUGUUUGUUUGCAUUGGAUAGGCUUCGAAACAAUAAGACCGACUUUAAAAAAAAACUUUUAUUUACUGGAAGCUACUGACGCCGCUGGGGCUAUAAAUUACUUAAUUUGAUAGAAAUUAGUUCAUAAUUAAUGCAAGAAAAUAUACGUUUCCGUUGAACCUCCUUUCCAAAUUUGAAUGAACGCAAAAUAUGCUUUCUUUGUUUUUUCGCUGAUAUAAACAUGUUUCCCUGUAAACUUGGUGAUAUUUGAUAAAUAGCAUACCUAUUUUUCUUUGAUAAAAAAUUUAAUUUUCGAUUUUGAAGUCGGUUAAAAAAUCAAAUAAUAAUUACGAAACUUAUUUGGCAUUACAGACUGCAUGAUCCAUUAGCCCAAUUUUUGUAUAUUUCUGAAUUGUAGAUGUACAUGUAGGUAUGCUAUUGUAAUUUCAAACAUACAAAAAUUAAGUUGGUAGAAUUUAUUUUGGAACAAUAGGGAUGAUGACUGUUUUUAGUCCGUCAGUCCGAUAGUAAAAAAAAAUUAAAUACUAGCUCUUUUUCCGUGACAUUGCACGAGUAAAUUAUAGCCUACUAUCUUUUCACCAGCGGCUUCGUCCGCGUGAUUCCUAGGGAACUGUUUAUUUGGAUAUCGAUUCAUUAUCAUGACACGGAUAUAAUCAUAAUGACAAAUUGAAUAGUAAACAAUGCUAAUGUUUUAUUUUUCUGUAAAAACUUCCAGUUAAAUUUUCAUUCCUUUAUUGUUAUUUUUCGGGAUAAAAUAUGUCACCGCAUAUGAUGUAGCUUCCCGUAGGUGAAAGGAUUUUUAAAAUAGGUCCAGUAGUUUUGGAGCCUAUUCGAUGCAAAUAAACAAUCAUACACACAAUUAAAUCUUUCCUCUUUAUACUCUUUAUAAUUAGUAUAGAUCAAGAAGUUUUUAAUAGAAGAUUUUUUUUAGUAUGGGAAAUAGUCCAAAAUGACCAAAGUAAAUAAAUUUUGAACGUAAUUCCAUAGAGAAAAUUGUUUAUAUCUAUUAAUAACUUUACUCUUUGGAAAGAGAGUAUUGCUCAACUUUACUCUUCGGUUUUACUAUUUUGAAAUUUGGUAAUGUGGGGCGGUGAACAUUUUUUUUAUUUAUUUUACACAUGUUUACUUUUAUAGAUAAUGUUCGUGAAGAGUUAUUGAAUGAGUUUAUUGAUAUUUUAGAUUUAAUAUCACUCGAAAGUCUUAGUCUCUAUGAUAGGAUAACUGAAAAUUUAAUCAUAGUUCUACGAUCGCGUUUUAAGAAACCUAGAUGUGGUGACAAUAAUCUCGUAUAGCCUUUAGUAAUUAAGUCUUACAAAAUUAACAAAAUUCUGGUAAGAACAGAUCUGUAAAAAAUGGAGGAAGAAACUAUCGAAGAGUCUACGGAAAAUAAGGAGACAAUUGAAGGUCAAGAAAAAACAGACGAAAAUAAUGUGAAUAAAGAGGAAAGUGAAAAUGCAGAAACAAAACAUGUUGAAGGAGAGCACGUAGAAGGUGAACAAUUAGAAGGAGAAGGUAUUGCAGAUGAACAUGUAGAGGGAGAGGGUACUGAAGCUGAAGAAAAUGAAGAAAAAGAACAUGUAGUAGGUGAGGGUGAAGAAUUGAUGGGUGAAGAGUUGGAAGGUGAACACGUUGAAGGGGAAGAAACAGAAGAGAAAAAAGAAGAAGCACAACCUGCUGAAGAAGUCGUCGAAGAAGAAGAAGGUUAUGUCGAGGAACCUCCCCCAGAUCCAACGGCUCCUUAUAAUUUAUCUGAUUCGAAAGAAGCUCUUAAAGAACCUUUCGAGUUGAGACCCGAUCAAAUUGCAGAAGUAGAGCAACUCUGGGAAUUAUAUCAGAAUUACACUCCAGUUUACACAGAUAUAGAUGGGUAUAUAACUGAAAAAGAAUUGGUGUAUAUGUUAAAAGCCCUGCUUCUUAUGACAUACACUCCGGAACAACUACAAGAACUGAUAGAAUAUUGCGUUAGACCACCACAUCCACAAGGACAUAUCACUUACGAACAAUUUUUAAAAAUGGUAACUUUACGUCAAAGAGAUUUUCCUGUGGAAGAUGAGUUGCGUUCUGCUCUUCAGGUUCUUGAUCCUGAUAGGACUGGUAGUAUGGAUAGGGAACAAUUGAAAGAACUUCUUGCAACUAAGGGUCACAAAAUGAUUGAGAAACAAUUAAAUAACUUAAUGAAGGAAGUAGACAUUAGUAAUGACGGUACUAUUGGUGUUGAGGACGUUGUUGGCACUAUGUGCAUUGAUUUGAACAAAGAAGAUAUACAAAUGCUCUUGGCUUCACUCAAUCCUAAUCCGCCAGAAGAAACUCAAGAAGAACAAUUUUGA